AUGGCCAGGGCAGCAGACAACAAAGACUUAAGGCAAAUCCGGCGACUGGCAAAUCAAGCCCUGGUCGAUGUGUUCAACGCGCUUGGGGGUGAUCGAUGGCGAAAUAAAAGUGGCUGGCUCACACCUGGAACAGACGUUAAGAAAUGGCACGGGGUGACCGUAAAUGCGGGAAGCCUUGUGUCGCUCAACUUGAUGAGCAACGACUUAGAGGUGUCCUGA